UGAAAUCUCAGUUUAAAUCAUUUAAAUAUAUCAAAUUUCAUUAACAUAUUUUGUUAGUUAUAAAAUUUUAAUAAUUAAUAUACUUUAAUAUUCGUUUGAAUGAUUAAAUGGAUAAAGUUGAUCACAAAUCGCCUAAUAUUACGUUUUGUAUAGAGAAUGAAGAUCAUACCCUAGGGAACACUUUGAGGGCAUUAUUGGUUGAGAGAGAUGAUGUAGUUUUUGCUGGAUACUCUGUUCCUCAUCCAAUGGAACCAGAAAUGAACGUAAGAAUACAGACAACAGGCCAACCGGCUGUAGAAGUUUUCCUGGAUUGCCUUGACGACAUGGUCAAGAUAUGUGACAUAUUAACAGAGAAAUUUGAAAAGGCAAUGAAGGAACAAACAUGACGACUAUAAAUAAAAAAAUAUUCUUAAUAUUAAAUUGUAAUAUAAAUAAUGGAAUGUU